AGUCCGGGCAGUGAUGGCGGCGGCUGUGGUGACGGCGGCAGCGACGGUCCCAACGCCGGCAACCAGCGCGGAUGGUGCCUCCUCAGUGCACUGGUUCCGCAAAGGGCUGCGGCUCCACGACAACCCGGCACUGCUGGCGGCCGUGCGCGGGGCCCGCUGCGUGCGCUGCGUUUACAUCCUCGACCCGUGGUUCGCGGCCUCCUCCUCAGUGGGGAUCAACCGAUGGAGGUUCCUCCUGCAGUCUCUGGAAGAUCUGGACACAAGUUUAAGGAAACUGAACUCCCGCCUGUUUGUAGUCCGGGGACAGCCAGCUGACGUGUUCCCAAGGCUAUUCAAGGAAUGGGGGGUGACCCGCCUGACUUUUGAAUAUGACUCUGAGCCCUUUGGGAAAGAACGGGAUGCAGCCAUUAUGAAGAUGGCCAAGGAGGCUGGUGUGGAGGUGGUGACUGAGAACUCUCACACCCUCUAUGACCUGGACAGGAUCAUCGAGCUGAAUGGGCAGAAGCCGCCCCUUACCUACAAGCGCUUCCAGGCUAUCAUCAGCCGCAUGGAGCUGCCCAAGAAGCCAGUGGGUGCGGUGAGCAGCCAGCAGAUGGAGAGCUGCAGGGCUGAGAUCCAGGAGGACCACGACGACACCUACGGCGUGCCCUCCCUGGAGGAGCUAGGGUUCCCCACUGAAGGACUUGGCCCAGCUGUGUGGCAAGGAGGAGAGACAGAAGCUCUGGCCCGCCUGGAUAAGCACUUGGAACGGAAGGCCUGGGUUGCCAACUAUGAAAGACCUCGAAUGAAUGCCAACUCCCUGCUGGCCAGCCCCACAGGCCUCAGCCCCUACCUGCGCUUUGGCUGCCUGUCCUGCCGCCUCUUCUACUACCGCCUGUGGGACCUGUAUAAAAAGGUUAAGAAGAACAGCACACCUCCCCUCUCCCUGUUUGGGCAACUCCUGUGGCGAGAGUUCUUCUACACGGCAGCCACCAACAACCCCAGGUUUGAUCGCAUGGAGGGGAACCCCAUCUGCAUCCAGAUCCCCUGGGACCGCAACCCCGAGGCCCUGGCCAAGUGGGCCGAGGGCAAGACAGGCUUCCCCUGGAUUGACGCCAUCAUGACCCAACUGAGGCAGGAGGGCUGGAUCCACCAUCUGGCCCGGCACGCUGUGGCCUGCUUCCUCACCCGCGGGGACCUCUGGGUCAGCUGGGAGAGCGGGGUCUGGGUGUUUGACGAGCUGCUCCUGGAUGCAGACUUCAGUGUAAACGCGGGCAGCUGGAUGUGGCUCUCCUGCAGUGCAUUCUUCCAACAGUUCUUCCACUGCUAUUGCCCUGUGGGCUUUGGCCGCCGCACUGACCCGAGUGGAGACUACAUCAGGCGGUACCUUCCCGAAUUGAAAGGCUUCCCUUCUCGAUACAUCUAUGAGCCCUGGAACGCCCCAGAGUCCAUUCAGAAGGCAGCCAAGUGCAUCAUUGGCGUGGACUACCCACGGCCCAUCGUCAACCAUGCAGAGACCAGCCGGCUCAACAUCGAGAGAAUGAAGCAGAUCUACCAGCAGCUCUCGCGCUACCGGGGACUCUGUCUACUGGCAUCUGUCCCUUCCUGUGUGGAAGACCUUAGCCACCCUGUGGCAGAGCCUGGCUCCAGCCAGGCUGGUAGCAUCAGCAGCACAGGCCCCAGACCACUACCCAGUGGCCCAGCAUCCCCCAAACGCAAGCUGGAAGCAGCUGAGGAGCCACCUGGCGAAGAACUCAGCAAACGGGCAAGGGUGGCAGAGUUGCCCACCCCAGAGCUGCCAAGCAAGGACGCCUGAGAGUGAGUGACAGCAGCCUGGAGUCAUCCUUGGGAGAGAGCUGCCGAGCCUCUGCUCCCUGAGCAAAGCCCGGGUGCCCAAGCAGCCACCACGGCCACAGAGUGCAACCUACAGAGAAGCCGGUCACCGUGGGAGACGGAGGGGACGUGUGUGUGCGUGUGUGCUGAGGAAGGAGUGGUGUGCCGUCUGUGUGUGCAUGCAUCUGUUUCCACUCGAGAUCCCGAAUGCCGCCUGGGCUGGGAGGCCCUGGAACUCCCCUCACCACGAGCACAGGCAGCUUCCUGGUCUCCAGACAUGAGGCCCAAGGUGUCCAUAGCCUUGACCCCCACCAAGACCCGUCCUGGCAUGUCCCCUGCCUUGUCCAGUAGAACACAGUGGUAGGACCCCAGCUAGAACUCUGGCAACUGCCUCCCCACACCCACUCCCUCCUCACAUCGGACUGAGGGGCAGGGGGUCCACAUAGUUGACACUUGUCCAAAGCAUGGGAUUCUUGGCAGCCAGAGUCCUACUGGGUUUUCAACUCUGAGGCUGGUGACUGGGCGGGCUGAAGCUGACGGGUGCUGUGCAGAUUUAGCCCUGGCCUGGUUUCUUAUUCUAAAAUUUUCUGGGUACCCAGAACUGAGCACAAGUUGUAGACAGAUCUGGAAAGUUCCCACCAUUGUAUGGGAGUGCGCCUGGCUGACGUGGUGUGUCCAGCGUGGAGAUGGCAGCUCCAGACGCAUAUCUGCCUUUUCAGGACUUAGGAGCCAAGGUCAGGGCUAGAGUCCCAUUUCUCACUGUUCCUUCCCCAGAAGAUGAGAGCCAGCCUCAGCCUCUACCAAGAGCUGUGCAGGGGCCAGGGUCAGAAUCAGUCCCUCAGCAGCAGACCAGGUCCAGGGGGCUUAAGGCUCCUGGGCUCCUCUGGCCACACUCCAAGGCACCAGGUGCUCCAGGGAGGACAGCGGACGCCAGCCAGGGAAUUUGGCUGGUCUUGGUUCUUAGGUUUCCAGGGCCUGCUCUGAACUGGCCAGCUGUCCCACUAGCUGGGCUCUAAAGACAAGGGACUGAGAGGUGGGCACUGCCAGGCAGCUGGCAGAAGUACAAGUAGAGCUCACACCCAGCAUACCAUCCAGAAGCAGCAGGGGAGGUUUGACCAGAGAAGCCGAGCGAGCCUCACAUUCCAGGAGCGCCGGCUCCCACCCCUCUGCCCACCACCAAGGCCUGUGUUGAGGCAAGCAAUGGAAAGCAGGACUAUGUGGUCACCUAGAGCAAGUCUUCCUUCCACCCCGUGGCCUGCACUUGAGCCACAAAGUGUGGUGUGUGUGUGUGUGUGUGUGCGCGCGCGUGUGCACAAAGCUGAAAGGCUAGUUCCUGUUAGGAUUUUUGUUUUCACAUGAAACAUUAAGCUGGCCUCUGGGCCCUUUCUUCUACCUCCCCUGUGACCUUUCGUAGCCUCAAUGUUGUUAGCUCCCUUGGCCCUGGUCCUGACUGUCCUCUGUCCCUGGGCCAGGUUCCUGUCUCCUAGAGCUGUCCAGCACACUGACUGACAGGCUUCUUCCUGAGAUGUCCUCAGGUUUUCUCAGCCAGAGAGCUGCCUUUAGAGUCCAACUGUUGUAUGCGUGUCACCCUCACUAAAAUGUCCUGUCGUCACAUGGGGGAAACAGCACAGGUGACGGUGUUUUCAGAGCUUCCUGUUCCCUCAGCCCCAGCCAGGAGGAAAGAGCUGCGGCCCACUGCCAGGAGAGAGCGGGCUUGGAGGGUGGUCCGAAAGCAGAAGGUCCAGGGCGAAGGGCGCGUUCAGUAGUUACCUAGCCGCACUUCACCCGUCGGGACGGUUCCUGUUCCUGCCUGUUUGCUAUGGCUCUUCCCUAAGGUGCCACACUUGUCAAGACCACGUCCCCUACUCCUCCGCCAGUCCUGGCAUGCUGGCCCACUCCAGGACAGCCUCUCAGGGGCCUGGAGCUCCAUGGUGGCUUCUCAUCUCCUCCUUACCCAGGUGGCCGUGAGGAUGGCCACAGAGUGAAGCCCUAAACCCUGUCUCAGGGCCAGCGUGGGGAAGAGGUGGUCACAGGAAGAGUGCACUUUACAGAGGUUUCCUGUUGCUGGGAAGGUGUGUUUCUCCUGCAGUUUGUGAAUGUUCACUUGUUUUAUAAAUGUCUGAUCCUGUCAGUAAA